AUGACGGUUGUGCCCAAACCCGGCGAUGUCUUCCACGGCGAGGACGGCAGUGUCUCUGUGGUGCUGCCGGACAUGUGCGACCCGAACGUGGAGCCGACCCGCGAGGAGGUGGAGGAGUACGCGGAGUGGCUCGGCAUCGACGUGCAGCGGGAGCCGCAGCUGCUGGGAAUUGCGCGCGAGGGCCUCAUGACGCCGCUGCCGCCGGAGUGGCGGGCCUGCCGGACGGGGGAGGGCGAAGUGUAUUACUUCAACUUCCACACCGGCGACAGCAGCUGGGACCACCCGAUGGAUGAGGUCUUCAAGCAGCGCGUGGAGGCCGCUCGCGGGAGGCCCGCAGGCAUGAGGGAAGAGGGAAAGGGAAAGGAAAAGAAGAGUAAAACAACAACCGCCUCCUCCACAGCGUCAUCAAGCAUCACCACAACAGGGAGUGGAGAGGGAAGACGAUUAGAAAAGGGAGCGGCGGGAAAUGUGGAGUCGCCAAAGUGGGCGGGAAAGAAUAUAAACACCACCACCACCAUCGCAGCACCAUCGAGUCUGUCAAAGGCACCACUCUCUUUACAAAGAGGGAAUGCAUUAGGACAACCAACACCUACCGUGCGAUUGGGACGAUUAGGGGCAUUAGGAACACCAGCAGCCACACAGCGUAUUCAACCAGAUGUGAGUGAUUUGUUCACAUCCCCCACUGCGAAAACAGAUCGUGCACUCACCCGGUUUAAUCUUGGUGGAGGAAAUAGUAGCAACACUACGAACAUCAACACCACCAACAAUAAUAGCAACAACAUGAUUCAUAAUAGUAGUACUGGUGGUGGUAUGGGGAGUGGUAUUAUUAGCAGCCCUACGUUUGGUGGAUUAAAUAUUGGACUUGGUAAACAAACAAAGACGGUUGAUGGUGCAAAAGAUCUGGAAGCCCAUAUUCGUCAACGUGUUAAUGACGAAAUAGAGGCACGUCGACGUGCUAUGCGAUUACGUUAUGAGAAGGAAUUAAAUGAUGAGAGUGAAAUAACAGCCGCAGCUUUAGAGAAGGCCAAAUUGGAGAAUGAACGUAAACUCACUAUAGAAGAACAACAACAGCAACGGGGAGAACAGAAUUCACAGACAGAAUUGCAAACAAAGCAGAGGGCAUUAGAACGGCAAUAUGAAGAAACAAAUGAGCGGGUAACUUCACUUCGGAAUAAACUGCAACAACAGAAAAGUACAUUGGAGAAUAAAUUGAAUCAGGCUAUAGCGGAGGCAAAGGAGAAAUUGCAGAGAAAUCAUAACGAGAGCUUAGCAAAAAAACGUGAGAUGUCAGCAGCUACUCUAAAAAAUGAAAAAGAAAAGUUAACCAAUGGCUAUGCGAAAGACCUUGAGGUUCAAAGCAAGAUUUCAGAACGAAAGAAAACUGUAAGCGUGGAGAACUUUGAAAAGGAACUUAAUACAGCACGGUUAAAACGUAUAGAGGAACUUGCGGCGAAACGAAAAGAAGCAACUACUACUAGUACUAGUACUAGUACUACUAUUAAUAAUAAUAAUAAUAGUACAUCAAAGUCUGUGGAAGAAGCCCAAAAGGCGUAUGAGGCGGCUGUAGAAAAGGCAGCUUCUGAGGCGACCACAUCCCUGGAAACACUACGCCGUGAUUAUACCGCUAGAGUAGAGAAACUACAGGCAUCAAAGGAUGAAAAGAUACGUGCAAAAGAAGCGGCAAAGCGAGCAGAAAUGGAAAGUACACCUGCCGAUAAAUUGGCUAAGCAGAAGGAACAAGCGUCACUUGUGGAAGCAGAAGAGGCACGAUUACGAAAGGCAUUAAAUGAGAAAAUUGCCAAAUAUGAGGAGGAAACACGUCGAAUAGUGACAACUAAACAAGCAGAAGCUAAUAGUGUUAAACCAACACCUACACCUACACCUACAAAAACCCCAACCCCAACCACACCAUCAGUUAACACUGAGAAUAAUAAUAAUAAUAACAAUAAUAACAGUGUUAAUGCUGGAAAUAGUGGGAAGAGUAAUAGUCAGGUUCGUCCAUCACCCAGUAUUAUACAGGAACAACGUCGUUUUGAAGUGGCUUCUCGUCAGCUGGAUGCAAAGCACGAUCAAACAAUGAUGCGUAUUCGCAAUGAACACACAAAGGCACUUCGUGAUCGUAAUAUAUUUGAUCCACGUGAAUCUCCUGAGUAUUCAGCUUUAGUGCAAGAGCAACAGAAGGCGUGGCUUAGUGAACAUCCCGCUCCCACACAGACUUCACCAGCACAGGAUUCCUUCUCAUCUAAGACCGGAGUCGUAACCACACCAACAUCAUUAUCAUCAGUAUCGACGAAAGGUGAAAAGGAACAGCAAAAACCCACCAAUGUUGGUACUCCUGGUGUUGGUAGUAGUAGUAGUAAUUGCAGUAGUACUGGAAAGGAUGGAAAGAAGACGAAGCGUGAGCAACAACUCGAAGAAUUAGGGGCUACAUUGGAAAAGGAAGUGAAAGAGGCCAUUGAUGCAUAUCGUGCUAAACGAAUGGAAGAGAUUCGAGCUGAACUCACAAAGUACCGUGAGACACUGGCGGAACAAGAACAAAAACGAUUAUCAAAUCUUUCUGCUAACAUCAAUGCAGAGGCAGAAGCGAAGGCACGCGCAAAAUAUCCAUUGCCAUUACCAAUAUCAUCUCCUCCUCCUCCUAAUACUACUAAUACUACUAAUACUACUACGGCGAAUAAGGAUAAAUCAUCAUCAGCAGCAGUAGGAACAGAGAAACCCCAAAAGACUUUAUUACCGAAUGUGAAUACGGUAACAAUAGAAGAAGCGAAAAGACGUGAGGACGAGUUAAGACUGCGUUUACAGGCACGUAUUGAUAUUCUGCAAGAAACUCUACAACGUGCAGAGUUGGAACUUCAACAAAAACUCGAUGAAGCUCAACGAAGAACCACAUCAACUGUAAAUGCAAAAGUUGUUUCUUCACCCACAGCGACUGUUUGGCAACGUCCACCUCCUGUUCCUACAACAACAACAGCAGCAACAACAAUUCCAGGGAUGAUUUCAAAUCGUCAGGAACAAGUUUGUACUCCACAUUUCAGUCAACUACAACCUCAAUCCACACAACUACCACAACCACAAUCAUGUAGUUUCUCUACACCUGUGCUUAAUCGAACCUUCUCUACUAUUGCCCCUGUGAAUAGUCUAUGGAGUAGCGCCCGUCCGAGUCCAACACAUCAAUUCUCUUGGCUUGAUACCGCCAACACAUUUCCCACUCCUCAGUUGAACGAACGCCAGGAUGGACCAACACAAGAACGACUAAUAGAUAACCCAACAACAACAACGAAUGUAGUUCCUCAAAAAGAUCUUGUUUUCGAAGAUCGACUGCGUCGUGCCAAGUUAUUACUAAAAGAAAGAAAAGAUCAGUUACGUAUACAACAAAACCGCAUGAGGCGGGCCCGUGAAGUAUGGCUGCGGGAUAUGAAGGAUUGCCAUAAACGACACGAUCGUGAACGUGCAGUGUUGUUGCGUCAAAUUAAAGUAGCCCUUGAACAGAAGGCACAACAACUCAAUCAUGAAGUGAUGGAUUUACGAUCUGCGUCUGCAUGGAUUCUUGAUCGCGAAGCGCAGUAUAAAGAAUCAUUAAACCCGCAACAACGAACUACACAUCCUUUAUAUUAUUCUUCUUCUUAUACUCCUGCUGCUAUUCCCACUGGUGGUGAAUCAAAGCAGAUUAUUGAAUUACUACAGAGUAUGCUGGCACGUACAGAGAUGUUGGAAUCAUACAUUAAAUCCCCACAGCAGUAUAGUAUCCUUCAAGACCCCACUAAGAGUCGAUUUCAACAACAACAACAACAACAAGAAGAAGAAGAAGAAUAUGAAGAAGAUGAUGAAAGAGAAGAAGAAAAAGGACGACGACGAAAUCAUCAUCGUGAACAGAAACGACAUGCAGUAUCACCGCAACCACGCCGUCCACGUAAUCAUCACGUGGACGCCUUGGCAUUAGGCUCAGACGCCACUCAAGGUGAUAUUAGGCGGUGGCUGCAGGAACAGCAGCUGGCAUUGUGA